AUGAUAACUCACUCGAAAGGCAACAAGGCGUGUCCCGAUCUUGGGGGGUCAAUUUUCGUACUCCAGGAUGCUAAUGGUGAAAUUGUUAAUGGGGUGGCUUUGCUGCAAUAUCACAUUUCCUGCGAAGCAAAAGAAGUCCAUUUCCAAGUCUAGUCACACGGAAAUAGGAAGAAGAGUACCAACACUCCCAUCUACCCCAGAGCAAAAAGUACCUUGCAGGCGAUAAGAGAUCAGCUAAAAGAAAAGCCUCCAUCACAGGCCUUCAACGUUGUAUCCAGUAUGACCGGAGGACCAACUGGAGCAAAGUCAGCAGGGGAAGUGCCCCGAUCCCGGAAACAAGUGUAGGAUGUUCAAGCUCGUUCAAAACGAGAUAUGGAUCCCGUUAAAGAUCUGGUUGUGUACCGCUCUACACAAAGACGAGAAAGUAGUCUUGCUUCAUGAAGAUAUGCAGCUUUGGGUUCUUGACACAGACAUAAUGUGUAGCGAUCUCGUAAAAUUUUCUUGCUCAGAGAGUCUGAGUCAUCCCAUCCGAAUUGACCCCACUUUUAACAUGGGUCAAUAUGAAUUAUAACAUAGCGCGUAAAUGUGUCUAAUCAAAUUCAAUUGAGCGAGCGUGCUUCAUAUUCCUAUUGUGCACGCUCCUGACGUCAGCAAACAUUUCCCUCUUUCGUGCUCUCCAAACUUCCCGCGUGCUUUAUAUCUCGAUGAACGCACGCUGACGUAUGAACCAAUUGUUAAUUUUAACAUAGCUAGUAAAUUUGUCUAAUCAAUUUCAAAUGCGCGAGUGUGCUUCCUAUUCCUAUUGUGCAUGCUCAUGACGUCAGCAAACAAGUCCCUCCAGAAUUUUGUACUCAGUCAAAAAAUAAAGUUCAUUUACACGCAUGAAUUCACCCGUCAGUUUUUUGACCAAUCUAAGACAAGAUCGUUUACAGCGUAGCGAAAUGUUUUCCUGAAAUAAAAUUAUCAACGCGCUGAAGCUUAGCAGAGGGAUUAUCGACCCUUUUACAACAUUUAAACCAUCGGGUUGAAAAUGUUAUAAAACAAUUGGUUCCUACGUCAGUUGUGCGUUCAUCGAGAUAUGAAGCACUUGGGAAGUUUGGAGAGCACUCAAGAAGCUAGAGUUGCUCUCGGCUACGCCUCGAGCAAUUCUCAACGCAUCUUUUGUGCUCUCCAAACUUUCCGCGUGCUUCAUAUCUCGAUGGACGCACGCUGACGUAUGAAACAAUUGUUCAGUUACACAAGUAGUGUAUAAGCAAUUGUUCCUGAGAACAAAAAGAUACGGUCAAAAUCCAGUCUUCCUUGUUCCAACAAUGCUACAUCACAAGAAGAACUUUGACACGUACAAAGUAUUGGCAUAAACUUGUGUUAGUAGUUGUAAGGGAUUAACUGCAGCAAAAGGUUUCAUCACCGACGGAAAAAAGAGCUAUUCCGUGCCUGGAAAACAGAGCUUCCAAAAGCAACCCAUUUGAGGUGUAUCCAUCAUUUCCAAAGCAACUGUAAAGAAAAACUCCGCGAGACAGGUAUAAGAGAAGCCAAGGCACAAAAAGUUUUCCUUAACAAAGUUUUCGGAAUUCCAGAGAAAAUUGAUGGCAUUGUGGAUGCAGAGAUGUUUUCUAAAUUCCUCGACGAAAGACAAAGAAUGAUUGCGAAAAAAAUGAGUUUGAAAGCAAGCAAACCUGCUAGACCAUAUACCAAUGGCUCGGAAGUAAUUAACGAUGUGUUGCUUCAAACAAAAGAAAGCUAUCUUUGAGAGCAAAAGAAGUCAGAAACGACGCAGCUCUCUAAACUAGAAUUCACAAAAAACAUCUUUGAAGAGGUACACCGGAAACAACAACAGGAACUAACAUUGGCAGUCAUCGGUUUAAGUGACCAAUAUGAAUUAUGAAAGAUAGCGGCACAAGUAGCCGUUCCCGCGGAGGUCUAGUUUGAAUGGAGUGUGGCGCAAAGAAAAGAGGACUUUGCAAAGUUCAACUCGAUUUCAGUCGACAACGCUCUUUACAAGAAAACCAUCACGGUGAAUGACACAAUUGCCAAGAGAUGUACAGACAGGGAGUUCCAUGAGUUAUCCGAGGAAUUAUGUAAAAUUUUGGUAUCCGAGCGAGGAUAGAAGGAAGAAGUAGCCCUUGCUGUAAAAGAAGAAGCACUCCCGUUACUCAAUAGUCCAUCGGCAAUCCAAAGGCUACCUAUCCUUGAUGAAAGGAAGGCCCAGAAUAAGUUUGAAGUGGCUUCGAAGUCCGCUAAGCACGGAAGAGUAUAGUGCACUGUUCACGCUAACCACGUAUCGUGUCGGUGCCCAAGUUUCAAGGCCGAUAAAGUUUGCAAGCACUCCGUUGCUGUAGCGGAGAAAAACGAAAUGCUUGGCAAACACCUCGAACAAAUUUGCAAGGGCCUAGGGAAAAAAGAGUCUCGCGAACUGCUUUAG